AUGAAUUUUCGUAUUCAAACAUUUCAAUUAUCUAUCUAUCUAUCUAUCUAUCUAUCUAUCUAUCUAUCUAUCUCAACUUCAUGGCCAUUGUUUCGUUGUCAACAUGACCAGGCAACCCCAUAUCUUCCACCUGAGUUUGCUGGGCUCCAACAGAAUGAAGUUCUUCGAAGAAGAUACGAUUAUCAGAAACGACGUGAGGAAGAAAAGUCCGCUAAAAAGCAAUGUGAAAAAGGAAGAAAAAACACAAUACAUGCAGUUUCGAUUUCAGCAGAACGCACACAAAGCAGAACCAGAUCAAAUACCAGAAAGAAGAAGAAUGACGAUCGGAUGGAACCUGCGAAUUCUGUGAAUCUCUUGGAUCGAGACCAUUGGACAUGCAGCCCAUAUCGAUAUAUCACACCCUAUGGGCAUCUUUACGAAUUACGAAAAACUGAUGACAAGUUUCCAGAGAGGAAAGGUGUGUCUGUUUGGCUGUGGGAAGAGGACUAUUUGAAAUGGUCAGAAAAGAAAGGCGAACAGAAAACUAAUUCAAGGUAA